AUGCACGGAACAGCCCGCGCUCCGGCCACCAGCGUGAGCGCCGACUGCUGCAUCCCGGCCGGCCUGCGCCUGGGGCCCGUGCCUGGAACCUUCAAGCUGGGCAAGUACCUGUCAGACCGCAGGGAACCCGGGCCCAAGAAAAAGGUGCGCAUGGUGAGAGGGGAGCUGGUGGACGAGUCGGGGGGCUCCCCUCUGGAAUGGAUAGGGUUAAUCCGGGCAGCCAGGAACCCCCAGGAACAGACUCUCGAAGCUAUUGCAGACUUACCCGGAGGACAGAUCUUCUAUCGAGCUCUUCGAGACGUCCAGCCAGGGGAGGAGCUGACCGUGUGGUAUUCCAACUCCUUGGCUCAGUGGUUCGACAUCCCCACAAUUGCAACUCCGACGCACGACGAGAAAGGGGAGGAGCGCUACAUUUGCUGGUACUGCUGGAGGACGUUUAGAUACCCCAACAGCCUUAAGGCCCACCUACGUUUCCACUGCGUGCUCAGCAGCGGCGGGGGCCGAACCUACCUGCACCACGAGCACGCUGCUCGCCAAGGCGCUGCCCCGGCCGCAGAUGGCCUUCCCUUCUCUCCGAAACCCCCAGCGCCCGACUUUGCCGCGGCCGCCCCGGCUGGCACUCUGCGGCCCCACUCGCAGGCCCCGCCGCCUCUCCAGGCCUGCGGAGCGCGGGAGAGUAUCAAGCGCGAGGCCUCCUCUGCGCCCUCGGCCACGUCGCCACCCGCGGCCAAGUGGGGGCAGUCCAAGAAGAGCAAGGAGCAGCCGGACCGCGCCCUAGACAUGAGCGGGGCCUCCCGGGGACACGGCCACUUCCUCGGCAUCGUAGGCGGCUCCCCAGCUGGGGGCGGUGGCCUGGCCUUCUACCCCGGAGUGCGCUCGGCUUUCAAGCCUGCCGGCUUGGCCAGGGCGGCCGCGGCCGCGCAUGGCGACCCCUACCGGGAGGAGGGCGGCGGCAAACCUGGGUCCGGCUUGGCCUUAGGCAGGUUGCUGGGCGGGGGCCGGGCGGGCGGACGCCCGGUAAGCGGGGAGAACCCCGCGGCGGGCGGCGCCGGCCACCACCAUCACCACCAUGCGCACCACCACCAUCACCAUUCCAAGUGCCUGCUCUCGGGGGACCCGCCGCCGCCGCCGCCUGGCCUACCCUGCUCGGGGGGCCUGCGCAGCUUCCCUCUGCUCCCCGGGGCCCCGGAAGAGGCGUCAGCCUUCAAGCAUGUGGAACGAGCCCAGCCAGCGGCGCCUGCGCUGCCGGGAGCGCGUUUCGCCCAGUUGCCCUCUGCGACCGGGCUGCCCGUCGAGCGCUGCGCGCUGCCGGCCCUCGACGCGGGCGGGCUCAAAGCCUACCCGGGUGGCGAGUGCAGCCACCUACCUGCCGUCAUGCCGGCUUUUACCGUCUACAACGGGGAGCUACUCUACGGCUCACCGGCCGCCGCCGCUUAUUACCCGCUCAAACUGCACUUCGGCGGGCUGCUCAAGUAUCCGGAGUCCAUCUCCUACUUCAGCGGGCCUGCGGCGGCGGCAGCAGCAGCGGCAGCUGCCGCUCUAAGCCCUGCGGAGCUCGGCUCCCUGGCUAGCAUCGACCGAGAGAUCGCUAUGCACACGCAGCAGCUGUCCGAGAUGGCAGCCGGGAAAAGCCGAGGCCGCCUGGACGCGGGGACGCUGCCACCCGCCGUCGUGGCGGCGGGAGGCGCUGGGGGUGGCGGCAGCGUAGGUGGCGGCGCCGGCAAGUCCAAGACCGGCCACCUGUGUCUCUACUGCGGCAAGUUGUACUCGCGCAAGUACGGGCUCAAGAUUCACAUGCGGACGCACACCGGCUACAAGCCGCUCAAGUGCAAAGUGUGCCUGCGGCCCUUCGGCGACCCCAGCAAUCUGAACAAGCACAUCCGGCUGCACGCCGAGGGCAACACGCCCUACCGCUGCGAGUUCUGCGGCAAGGUGCUGGUGCGCCGCCGGGACCUGGAGCGCCACGUCAAGUCCCGCCACCCCGGCCAAAACCUGCUCGCCAAGGCGGGCGAUGGCCCCGGCGCGGAGCCUGACUACCCGCCGGAGCCUGGGGAGCCCAAGAGCGACAACGACAGCGAUGUGGACGUCUGCUUCACGGACGACCAGAGCGACCCUGAGGCUGGAGGCGGCGGCGAGCGCGACUCAUAA